AUGGCUAAUGCCGAGAUUGAAUGUAUCGUUCGUGAUACGAAGGAACUGAUGUUUCAAAUAGGCAGUGGAGAUAGGCGUGUCGACGAGAUGAUUCGACGGGUGAAUACUGUGAAUGAAAAGAUGGCUUGCAUGCGGGAGUAUCAGAACAUUAUGAAUGCAGUAAACGCUUUCACCAUUAAUGGAUCACGGAGAACGGUGCUCUUGGAAGAGUUGCAAAGAGAGAACAGGCAAAUUUUAGCCUAUCACGAGGAGAAUCGUAAUCUUCGAGAAGCCAUCGAUGAAUCGAUGGAGACCCUUGCCAAAGUGAUGGCUCGACACCGUAUGGUAAUGGCUAGAAUGAAUAGGUUAUCGAAGCAGCCAUCUUUCAAGGAUGUCACUGGCAUAUUUCCAGAUGAAUGCGAUAAUUCCACGAAAGACAAAGAACGAUUCAGAAAACUUGUUACUGAAACGUCAAGCUUCAUGAAAGUGUGUGAAGACUCGACGUCCAAUGAUUUGCAGAAAUUGUCCCAACUACUACAGGAAAAUCAAGUAUUGCGGGAGAUGCUAUCGACGGCGGCGAUCUCGACCCCUGGCGUAAAACACGUAUUCGCGCAAGCAAUGAGCGAAUUAAAGCCGAAGAUGACGAAUGGUAUCGUCUCUGACUUGGGCAGUGGUAGUGACACUGACGAUGGACUAAAUGAAACCGCCAUUGAGAGGAAAGGCGGACGAGACUGA